AUGGCAGACCGAAUGGACUCUCCUACGCCCCCCAAAUCCAAAUCAAAACGAUUUUUUCGAAACUUCGAGUUGGUCUCGACAUUCCCUCGAAAAAUCCCGGCCUUCUUCGAUGGCUUUACAGUGCGCGUUGACGACAAAAUGGCCGUUUACCGUGCUGGAUGCUUCGGUAAAGGCUCUCUUUCGCGAAGCUUGCCAACCUCCUUCGACGCCAUUUUGCGAAAAAGGCAGUUCGAGGCUCGCCGGAAAUGGCGUAGAAUCAAAAAGCCAGACGAAAAAACCAAAGAAAGCCGAUGUAUUAGGAAGAUUGUCGUUAUAUCCGAUUCCGACGAUGAUAACGACUUGUCAAACGUCAAUGACAUGUCAAAUGUAAAUGACGAUGUCUCGAUUUCGAUUUUAUCGCCAGAAUACCAUUUGGACGAGUCAGGAUCGCGGGAGGCGCUCUGUCUCGGUUUGGAAGAGGCGUUUUUCCUCAAACACCACUUGGACGUCAUCGAUGUGACAGCUGUCAACGGCGAUGACGUUUCCGAAUGCGAUCGGUUAUGGUCGGCUUUUUCCGCCACUGAUUCGCGAUUCGUGGGAAAUUACGUGAGUUACGUUCAUUUCCGCUCGAAGAAUUGGAUCGUGAAACCGGGCAUCAAAUUCGGAGGGGAUUUCCUGUUGUACAAAGAAGGCCCUGCGCAUUUCCACGCCUCCUAUGUGGUGAUAGUGGAGACUUUGGACGAGUCGCUGGGGCGAGUUGAAACGGGUCGAUCGAUGGACAACCUCUCUUUGGCCUGUUUGAACAGGUCUUGCGAAUCUACAGGUAAGGAACUCUUGAUAUGCCAAGUAACUUUACCUAAAUCAGUGGAUUACAAGGACUUGAGUAACGUUGUGGUAAAGGAGAUAGUCGUGAAGAGGUGUGAACAUGUUUGA